AUGGCCAAAGACUCUGGAAAAAGCUCCUCUUCAGAUAUGGAAAAUAGCAGUUAUGCAUCAGACGAAUCAAGUGCAGAGCUGGACACCUCAGGUACACUAGACAAAUCAGAGGAGAGUACCUCUUCGGGAAGCUUAGAUUUAGAGAUCAAAGACUAUAAACCAAAAGCAUCGGAUAUUUCUAUUUUACUAUCUCAAACACCGUACAUUUCUGAUCCAAUAUUGUUUCUGGAUAAACUCUACUGUUGUAAGGUUCUUACAAGUGGAGAUCUGAUUUUAGCAGCCUGCGGGAUUGCUAAGUACAACAAUAUACGUGGGAGCCUGACUAAAAGCUGCAAAAAGUCUCUUAGCCUACUUAUUGAAAAAGUAGAAAUCUUGAAAAUAUUGAUUUUCUCUUUGCUCCAAGAAUUUCAAACAUUCCACCACAAGAAGCCUACAGGCUGUACUUAA